AUGAGGCUGAUUGCUAAAGAACACCAUGUGUCAAAAAGAACAAUCCGGAAUGUUGUCCACAAAGACAUCAAAUAUAAAUCUUAUGUGAUAAGGAAAGGGAUUGGUUCCAGCGCUGAUCUACCUGAAACUAGCCGAAAAAGAAGUGUGCGGACCCCUCAACUUAUCAAAAAUACCAGAGGAAAGAUACGGCGAAAUCCUUGUUGUUCCGUCAGAAAACUGGCUGCCACAGCAAAAAUAAGCCGAAUAUCGACGUAUCGAGUGCUGAAGGAGGAUCUCAGGACCCGCCCCUACAAGAUGAUUCGUCGUCAUGAGAUUACGCAAGUUUAUAAAGCCAUGAAACCGGAGAGAAGUCGUCUUAUCCUGCGUCAAAUUGCUGAAUGCACGCUGCCCAACUUGAUGUUCACUGAUGAAAAGAAAUUUGACAUCGAACAGACAAUAAACAACCAAAAUGACCGACUUUGGAGUGUAUCUGACUCUGUCGAGGUUAGACUCGUAAAUCGACGUCAAUCUCCGCAGUCAAUUAUGGUUUGGGCGGCUGUGACAGCCAACUGGUACUCUGGUGUGUUAAAAUUACUACCAUUAUAUUAG